CUCGAUACAGCUGCUUACUGUUAUAUGUAGGUAGAUAGAAAAAACUUGUUGACGCGGUUGCACCCGCGCGAUGCGUGAGUCAGUGGGAAUACAGCUUGUAACGGUAUAACUGUGUUUCUAUUCAACGCCUCCCAAAAAGCCUAGAAAUAACAGUGGCGACGAGUAACCUUAACGCGUGUGAUCAUGGAUAAAAUAUCAGUGGGCUUAUUAACAGUGUUCAACCACGAAACACAAGAAUGGGAGUUGUACAAAGGACGCAUAGAACAAUGGUUUCUUGCGAAUGAAAUCGACGAUGACGCGGACAAGACGGGCGCAAAGCGGAGGGCAAUUUUGUUGAGCAGUUGUGCCGAAACCACAUACAAACUCAUUAGGGAUUUAGCACUCCCUAAUGACGUUUCGUCCCUGUCGUACGCGCAAGUGGUAUCCUUGCUGGACGGCCACUUUAAAGCAAAGAAAUGUGGGUUUGCUGAGAGGUAUAAAUUUCACAGUGCUUGCCAAGGCAACAGUGAGUCCUUGAGUGCGUGGGCCGCCCGAGUGCGGGGUUUAGCGAAGGACUGCAGUUUUCCGGCCGCUGUACUAAACGAAAUGCUGCGCGACAGAUUCGUCCUGGGCAUGGGGAGUGGCAAAGUUCGUGAGCGACUUUUCGAGAAGUCCCUCGAGGGGCUAACGAUGGAGAAAGCGCUGCAAUGGGCGGAAAGUGUACAUUGUGCUAACGAGGGAGCACGACAAGCAGCCAUGACGGUGCAGCCAUCUCAAGAUCUGUCCUUAUCACCUUUCGUCGAGGUACACAAAGUAACGUCCAGGCAACCAAGGUCGUCGCAAGGAAGACAAGCGUAUAGUGCGGAGAAAGAAAGUGCGUCUCGUUCAGUGCCAGUUAAUAAAAAAAAGUGUGUCGUCUGUAACUCGUUCGGUCACGGAAGCCAAAUCUGUAGAUAUAGGUCAUUUACGUGUAGGGUAUGCGGUGUCAAAGGUCACAUUCAGCGCGCCUGUGGCGCCGUGAAAGGACGGGACAGCCAGCAUUUCCUACAGUUUCAUUCGGAUGCCCAGGGUGAUGACGAUGAUGUGUUCACAGAUUAAAAACUAUCACGGAAAAAGAAACAUUGACUUUAAAGAAGGUGAACUGGUUCUAGUGAAAACAUACAAUAAACAACAAAAUGCUUGGACUAAAGGAACUAUUUUGAAAAAAAUUGGGCGAUCGUUAUAUUUAAUAAGUCUCAAGGAAAAUAACGUUAAAAUUAAAAGACACAAGAAUCAAAUUUGCAAAUUUGAGGGGGAAAGUGUGAUGGGUGGACACGAAGAAGCCGUACGACACGAUAAGGUCGCCAGUACAGGCUCGGUAGACAUUGAGGUCCGCACAGAUUGCCCCGGCGGCGUUGCAUCGGCGAAUCGAUCUGACCAGGCUACGGAGCCCGUUCCUAGGCCAUCAUGUCCUCCGGCUCCUUCAGCCCAGGCUAUACCGAAUACGGACAGUCGAACAGUCCGAACUCUAAGGCCUCGUAAACACAUAGAUUAUAAGAAAUAUUUUUAAUUAAGCAUGUCUUUUAGUUGAUAAGUUUUUAAUUGUUAAAAUAGUGUUGGAGGGAUGUUAUAUGUAGGUAGAUAGAAAAAACUUGUUGACGCGGUUGCACCCGCGCGAUGCGUGAGUCAGUGGGAAUACAGCUUGUAACGGUAUAACUGUGUUUCUAUUCAACGCCUCCCAAAAAGCCUAGAAAUAACAAGU